CAUCUGUGCGUCAUGACGCCGUUUCCGGGCGGCGCGCGAGAGCUGCGGCUGCAGUUUGACAGCAGCGGAGGUGCGCGACGCGUCGAGUCUCGGCGGAGAUUAUGUGUUUCUAGAAAUGAUAUAAAUGCUCUUUCGCUGCAGAGAUCGCGCUGACAGCACCGCCACCAGCUCACUGACGCCUCGACGCGCGAUGUUUGGCGAGCGCUGGCUGCUGCGCUUGAAGAAAAAAGUCAUAUGGAACAACAUAAGGGCCGAUGUGUGAUUGGCGCUCUGCUACUGUCCGCCAGCAUGGUAGACAUGGAGAAGCACUACAGCCCCCCAUCGCCGCUGGACGACUCCGUGGUGGACAGUCCUCUGUGCCGGGACUUCAUCGGGGGAAUGGAAGACCUUCAGGACAUCACUCAGUCCAUCGAAGAGGACGCUCUCAGCAGCUUCGAGGACCAGAACCAGUCUUCAGGUCUGGGAUCCGGAUCCGAGAGCUCCACUGCGUUAGAUGCGCUGACUCCCGCGUCCAGCCCGGCGUCAGGUGUGUACGGUGGCCCGGCGGGACAGGACGAGUUCACCUGCACCUCUCUGAACCUGGAGUGCCGCGUGUGUUCGGACCGCGCCUCGGGAUACCACUACGGGGUUCACGCCUGUGAGGGCUGCAAGGGUUUCUUCCGCCGGACCAUUCGCCUCAAGCUGGAGUACGAUAAAUGUGAACGACGCUGUAAGAUCCAAAAGAAGAACCGAAACAAGUGCCAAUACUGUCGCUUUCAGAAGUGCCUGUCUGUGGGCAUGUCCCACAAUGCCAUCCGCUUUGGGCGAAUGCCACAGUCGGAGAAGCUGAGGUUGAAGGCGGAGAUCCUAACGGGGGAACAAGAGGUCACGGACCCUCAGCUGGCCGAUCAGAAAACCCUGGCCAAGCAGAUCUACGAGGCCUACCUGAAGAACUUCAACAUGAACAAAUCCAAAGCACGGACCAUCCUGACAGGCAAGACAAGCAUGCCGCCUUUUGUCAUCCACGACAUGGAGACGCUGCAGUUGGCCGAACAGACUCUUGUGGCUAAGAUGGUGGGCUCUUCUGGGGCUCUGCUGAAUAAAGACGCGGAAGUUCGAAUAUUCCACUGCUGUCAGUGCACUUCGGUCGAGACGGUGACUGAACUGACUGAAUUCGCCAAGUCCGUGCCAGGCUUCUCAAACCUGGAUUUAAAUGACCAGGUGACAUUAUUAAAGUACGGCGUCCAUGAGGCGCUCUUCGCCAUGUUGGCAUCAUGCAUGAAUAAAGACGGUCUGCUGGUCGCGCACGGCAGCGGCUUCAUCACCAGAGAGUUCCUGAAGAGCUUGCGACGGCCGUUCAGUGAAAUGAUGGAGCCCAAGUUUCAGUUUGCAAUGAAGUUUAACUCCCUCGAGCUGGACGAUAGUGACCUCGCACUGUUUGUUGCUGCCAUCAUCUGCUGUGGAGAUCGGCCAGGCCUGGUGAACGUCCCGCACAUCGAGCGAAUGCAGGAGAGCAUCGUAAACGUGCUUCAUCUGCACCUCAAGAGCAACCAUCCCGACAACGGAUUCCUCUUCCCUAAACUCCUGCAGAAACUGGUGGACCUGCGGCAGCUGGUGACGGAGCACGCUCAGUUAGUGCAGGAAAUCAAAAAGACAGAAGACACUUCGCUGCAUCCCUUACUGCAGGAGAUUUACAGAGACAUGUACUGAGUCGCCUUUGGCUCAUUCUUCUGGAUGAUUUCUAGAAGACGACAUGCUCGGAGAGGGCCGUUUCUCUCAGGGGCCCUCAAAACAAGUCCCUUCCAACAGCUACACUGUGAUCUUUUUUUAAGGGGCGUCAAAUGAACCACUAUUUUUGGGAAAUCUGGAUGAAAACGGCAGGAACAUCAGGGCUCUUCAUUACUGUUGAGUUAAACAAUGCUUUCUGCCGUUAUUGGUUUAAAGAGAACAAAAUAAGACAAUGGAGAUAAAAAUGCAUCCUAUGGGUUUAGGAUUUUUUGGAUAUUUUAUAAAUGCUAACUGGUCCUUUGAGCCAGAAACUGUGAAUAGAAACCCUAAAAUCCAACUUAUUCAUACAGCAAUAUGAUUUUUUUAUAUUGACACGGUAACUUUGAUAGUGUAUGCUUUAAACACGCAGUUUCCACCCAAGUGACUUCCACGUAGAUCUGCCGUAACUAGCGCAACUGACCGUUUUGUAAAGCUAUAGGGAUUUUGCUUCAUGGUUAACGUUGUUACGAUCAUAGAAUUCAUUUUUUUUUCCAUGGGAAAACAUAAAAACGACACAGAAUUCUUCAUCUUAAUCAGUUUCCAGCUGUCACAUUUCAACAUUUGCAGAUGUUUAGUGGUUUCUUUUUCCCAUUAUUGUGAAAAACAUUAAUUAUUUACAGUUUUAUCGGCUCACUCCCAAUAUUACGGUCUCAGUCCGUAAUUGCAGUUUUCUAGUUAUAAAAUGCAGUGCUCAAAUACAAAGCAGAUCAAUACCUCACAGCCGAUGCCUUCUGACAGAGCACAAGCGCUCCAGGUUGUGCAGUUUUACAGUAAUCUACUGUUUAAAGGGCUAAAGGAGGGAGGAAACGACAAGUGAGGCCUGUUACAGCAUUUAUACUGCAAGCGUGGCACUGCACGAAAAGUACAGUGAAAUGCACUGUUGCAAUGUUGGUUUUUUGAAGCAACAUUCAAUAUUUGAGUGAACCACACACCAUUGAUGCAAGUUAAACACAGAUUUGUACUGAAUCUUGAGGUUUGAGUUCAAUUUGGUUCAAUGACAAUAACAGUUCUCAGAGAGAACCAUUUUAUACUAUAUAGCCAUUUUUAAAGGAAACAUUCAGUGCAGUGACCCAUCUGCAAGGAGUUGUAUUUGCACUGCAGCGAUGUGCUGCUGCUGCUGCUCACAUGCUGCAGAUGCAAAGCCUAGCUUGCUUUAAUUUCCUUCCUGUCUGAAGGAAAGGUUUCACACCGUUUGUCUGUCUGUCCCUCCAGCAGUCUGUCCCUCCUCUCCGUUCUUGACGUUUUCUCAGAAACACAGUGCCUAGCGGUGAAAAACGUCUCAUUGUUUUUUACUUCCCUAUAUAAACCAGGAACAGAAGCUAGUUAAAAAAGUAAAUGUAAACUCUAUGUACAGUUAUCUACGUUAAAAAGUUGUCGCGUAAGGGGCCGUUCACACUAAAUGCAUUUUUGCAUUAUACUGUGAUGCUUUUACGUUAUUUUUCUAUGUGAACAAUGAGAUUGUUCUAUGUAAUUUUGAGAUUGUGUAAAGAGCCAUUAUAAAAUGAAGCUAAAAAUUGGAUUCCUAGAAAUAAUAUGAAGCCUCUAAAGGGACAUGGCGAUGCUAAGUAACAUGGGAUAGGAGAGAAAAAAUAUUUGUUUGUAAAACAAUUUUUUUGUUUGUUAAUUAUUAGUUAACCUCAGAAAUUUUUAGUUUGAUUACAAAACUUUUGCGUUCCUCCAAGAAAUGUAGCAUUCACUUGUGAAACAUUAUUGUUCGCUCACAAAAAUAUUGCGUUCCAACUAAAAACCUUUGCGAUCACUCUUAAAAAUAUUGAAUUGCCCCCAAAAACUUUGCAUAUGCUCACAAAACAUUUGCGUUUGCUCACUAUAGUAUUGAGUUCCCUUAACUUCAAAAAACAUUUGAGUAUGCUCACUAGAGUAUUAUUUUCUUUUGCAAAACGUUGCAAAGGGAAAUGCAAAUAUUUAGUGAGAAUGCAAAUGUUUUAUGAGUUAAAGGAAAUAUUAUAUUUUAGAUUGUGAAUGCAAUACUUUUGCAAGAGAACGCAUACAGUAUGUUUUGAGAGCAAACGCAAAGUUUGUUGAGUGAAUGCAAUACUUUUUUAGCGAACGCAAAUGUUUUGUGAGCAAACGCAAAGUUUCUCUGGGGAACGCAGUACUUUUGCAAGAGAAUGCAAAUGUUUUGCGGGUGAAUGCAAAGUCUUUUGGGGCAACAAUUUUUUUGCAAGUGAACAAAAAGUUUUUUUGGGGGGGGCACACAAUACUUCUGCAAAUGAAUGCAAAUGACUUGAGCGACUGCAAAGUUUCCUGAGAGAACGCAAAUGUUUUGUGGGUGAAAGUAAAUGUUUUAUGCAAAUGUUUUACAAGCAAACGCAAAGUUCAUCGGGGAAAUGCAUCACUUUUUCAAGAGAACGCAAAUGUUUUGCGAAAGAAUGUUCACAAGAAUGUUUCUCAGGGGAACACUUAUGUUUUGCGAGUGACCGCAAAGUUUCUUGGGGGAACAAUAUUUUUGCGAGAAAAAGCAAAAGCAUUUGUCAUCCUAUCUCGUUUUUCCCCAUCACCAUGUUCCCUUCAGGGCUUUGUAAACCAACACCCUCAGUUAAUUUCUUGUCAAUGUGAAUAUUUUUUUUCCCAUGUCACCAGCUUUACUGUUCCGAAGUUAUGAACAAUUACUAGCAAUAACUUAUUGUCUAUUGUCACUUCAAAACAUCUAUUUUUGUUGCAUGAGAAUUUUUUUUUUAAUGAUUUAUAGUAAGUACUUGGAAAACACAUCUUGGAUUGCAACCUUGUAACGCAAGUGAUUCAUUUUAAAAUUGCGUUUACACAGACUGAUUAAACUGCUGGAGGUCA